AUGAAGUGUUUCAUUAUUGUCAUUCUAUCAAAUUUUUUGUCCACAGUCUAUCAACAGCUUAUGGAUGAAUCAGCAACAGUUGCAAUCAUCAGAGAGGUGUACGACAGUGCAAAUGCACAUGAAGCUUUCGAAUAUGAAUUGGAAAGAGCACUCGAGGCUGAAUACAAUUUGAUUAUCAUUGAGCCAUCGAAACUUGGAGAUGAGACGUCCAGGUGGAUUACUGUUGGAAACUGCCUUCACAAGACAGCCUCACUGUCUGGAUUAGCUGCUAUUAUCACUGGUAUUGUUUGGGGUGAUAGACCGUACAUUUGUGGUACCUUCGGCAUAACAGCUGUGAUAACUUGCGGAUUAUACACAGUAUCAUGGCAAUUUGACCCAUGCUGUCAGUACCAAGUAGAAACAGAUACCAGCAAAUUACCUCAUGUUGAACUUUUAGCGGUUCUUGGACCCUCAUCACCAACAUUUCUCGUAAGAAAAGACGACAAGCGACGUAGAAUACUCCAUACAUCAAUAACACUUACAGCCCUCAGUAUCUGUGCAUGGAGGCUCUACCAGGCAUUCAAUUGAAACAACAAAGUCCAACAACACAUUAAGAAAGGAAAAUAAUACAAUAUAAUUGGUAAACGACGGAUGACUCUUUCCACCCCUCCCUCAUUCCCACGUACAUGCAGGCAUUCACACACCCUCAAUCAACAAAAAAUCAUACAAUAUUUUUCUGCAUUUCUCUUCUUUAUUCUUUGAAAAAAUAUCGGGAGGGGGAAAUUGACUCAUUCAAGUUUUAUUGGUAUUUUUUUUUUAACGCGGUGAAUGAGAAUUUUUCUUCUUCAAGUUCUCACAGAAAAAAGGAAAAUGAUUUUAUUUUUAUCGGUGAGAGUAAUAAAUAUUAGAGUUUAUUGUAUUUUUUAAUCUGUAAAUAAAAUAGGUAGAAUACACAGUAUGAAAUGGAAAAAAAAAACCAUUUGUUGCAACUAUUGGGACAUCUGGAGGAUAUCAGUGUACUGUACAAUGAUUAUGAUUUAUUUCUAAUCUGUGCGAUUAGUUUCUCCUUCAAUUUUAUUGGGGAUGAAUCUCUUUUGUUGCUUCGGUUUUUUUUUUCGCGUGAAAAUUUGUGACUCCGUUCAUCUCAGACGCCCCAUUUUGUCUCAUAUUCCCUUGUGUUUGGGAACAAAAACGCCAGAAGAAUUAUUUUUUAUUGAUUGAUUUGUUUCAAAAUAAAGGGAAAAUGAUCCAAAA